UGCUCCAAAAAAGGGGAAGAAAACAGUUAGUGAGGUUUUACUACACUCUACAAUGGCAACAAAUGUGCCGAGGAUGAAGCUGGGUUCGCAGGGCCUGGAAGUAUCUGCGCAGGGUCUUGGCUGUAUGGGGAUGUCCUGCUUCUAUGGCCCGCCCAAGCCUGAUGAAGAUAUGAUCAAGCUCAUUCACCACGCCAUUCAUUCCGGCGUCACCUUGCUCGACACCUCCGAUAUGUAUGGCCCGCACACCAACGAAAUCCUCCUUGGCAAGGCUUUGAAAGGAGGGGUAAGAGAAAAGGUACAAUUGGCAACAAAGUUUGCAUACUCUUUUGGGGAAGGGGGCAUUGACAUUCGUGGGGAUCCAGAAUAUGUAAGAGCUGCUUGUGAGGCAAGCUUGAAAAGGCUUGAGGUCGACUGCAUCGACCUCUACUAUCAGCAUCGUGUUGAUACUCGCGUCCCUAUUGAAGUAACGAUGGGAGAGCUUAAGAAAUUGGUCGAAGAAGGGAAAAUCAAAUACAUAGGCCUAUCGGAGGCUUCAGCUGCAACAAUCAGAAGAGCACAUGCUGUUCAUCCUAUAACAGCUGUGCAGAUAGAGUGGUCUCUGUGGGCAAGAGAUGUGGAAGAAGAAAUUAUACCUACUUGCAGAGAGCUUGGAAUUGGAAUUGUAGCAUAUAGUCCACUGGGGCGAGGAUUCUUGUCCUCGGGUGCAAAGCUGGUCGAAAACUUCUCAGAAGGCGAUAUCAGAAAGCAUCUCCCAAGGUUCCACGGUGAGAACGCUGAGCACAACGCGAACUUGUACGAGAGGAUAAACAAGCUGGCAGAACAAAAGGGAUGCACCCCUUCACAGCUUGCUCUGGCCUGGUUGCAUCACCAAGGGAACGAUGUCUGUCCCAUCCCGGGAACCACUCGGAUCGAAAACUUCAACCAAAACAUCGGAGCUUUGUCUGUGAAACUGACAGCCAACGACAUCUCUGAGCUCGAAUGCAUUGCCUCAGCUGUCAAGGGUGACCGAUACCCGCCUGGCAUGAACACUUGGAAAGAAUCAGAUACCCCACCUGUGUCAGCAUGGAAAGCGGCAUAAUUCUAUGCUGCUCUUCUGGACUUUCGGACAAACGUUCGGAUCGAAUAAUGUUUGUUUGUAUGACUGAAAGCUGUUGAGAGAGUGUGGGCUAUUCGGCUUUUGAGAAUAAAAUUAGCUACUGAACUUCUGCCUGUGGUUUCUCUUUUUUUGAGUAUCUUCAGUAGCUCUGUAUUACUAUUACUUGAGGAAUGCUGUUUUCACAUAUAAUAUAUUACAGUGUCUUUAUAUC